AGUCACAGUCAAAAAGUCGAAUGAAAACAACCCAAUCCCAAUAUCAACUGGAAGGCUUCUGCUAAGUUCUAAGUAACUCACAAUAAAUUCAUAUUUUCGCUUUAUUCACAUCCAAAAAUGGUUGUUUGGAGUUCUAUGAACCGCUUGCUGUGUAAUAUUCGACAGAAAAGUAAUGCUGCUCAGAUCAUCCAACGCUGCAUGAGCGGUCACAAAAAGAUGACAAUCGAGCCUUCAAGAUGGCAGUGGCACAAGUUCAAGGAUAUGCUGCACAUGUACGCAGUUGUUGGAAUGGUGCCUUGCUUGCUUGUCGCAGGUUAUUGCAACUUAUUCAUUGGUCCUGCUCAACUUACAGAAAUUCCUGAGGGGUACACCCCUAAACAUUGGGAAUAUCAUCAGCAUCCCAUCACCAGAUUUAUUGCCCGCUAUUUCCAGACCAGUUACCAGCAGGAAUAUGAAAAGUACAUGCACUUCUUGUACGAAGAAGAUGAGAAAAGUAAACUCAGGCUUCUGACCCAAGCCAUCAAGGACAAGAUGUCCGAGAGACAUGACUACCAAGCCUGGUACUACACUCCCAUCACUGCCAAGUUCCAUCGGCAGACUCGUCAAUUCUCAGAAGAGACCAAGCCAGUCAUUGGAGAAAACAGCCCUGAAUAGAUGAGCGUUUCUUGUUUAUUAGAUUAAAUAUUAUUUUGUUGAUUAGUUUA